AUGAGUUGCUAUGACGUCACGAAGGGGAAGCCGGAACAGUUUACUCCUGAGGAGGAGAAAACGUUCUUAGCUGCUGAUAACCUCUUCAGAGGCGCCGUCAUAAGUGCGCUCGAUAAAAAGUAUGUCGACAAUUAUAUUAUUUGCACCACUGCUAAAGAAUUAUGGGAUGCGCUUGAGGCCAAGUUCGGGGUUUCUGAUGCUGGUAGCGAGCUGUACCUCAUGGAACAAUUGUUUGAUUACAAGAUGGUUGAUAGCCGUUCUGUGAUUGAACAAGCACAUGAGAUACAGGCACUAGCUAAGGAACUAGAACAAUUUCCUUGUGUGUUGCCUGAAAAGUUUGUGGCCGGCGGUAUAAUCGCUAAGCUGCCACCUUCUUGGAAGGAUUUCGCUACUUCUCUAAAACAUCAGAGGAAAGAGUUUAGUCUUGCUAAACUCAUGGGAACUCUUGAUGUUGAGGAGAAGGCCGGCAACGCUGGAGCCUUACUGAUGGGGAACGGAUCUCAUGCGCGUGUUCUUGGUGUUGGUACGGUCAUUCUGAAGUUCACUUCGGAAAAGACGGUGCUGAUGAAGAACGUGCAGCAUGUCCCCUCCAUCAAAAAGAAUCUAACCGGCAACACUGGAGCGUUACUGAUGGGGAACGGCUCUCAUGCGUGUGUUCUUGGUGUUGGUACGGUCAUUCUGAAGUUCACUUCGGGAAAGACGGUGCUGAUGAAGAACGUGCAGCAUGUCCCCUCCAUCAAAAAGAAUCUAGCUAGCGGCUGA